CUGAACGCUUCAGUAAAAUGGCUGUGUCUCACGGAGCCUCGUGCUGGUUUGGUCGGUUUCUUGCUAAUACUCUCGUUCUGUAACAGAAGCCUCCCCACAUUUUCUGUCGGGUAAAUUUAAUUCCCUGGAUUCUUAUUUAUAUUCUUCCAGUAACUUUCCAGUCGAAUCGGAGACUGGGAGUGGAUGCCGGAUUCGGUCCGGAGGUAGGGGGAAUGAUCCGGGACACGGAUACAUUGUUAUAAAUAAUUGUAUUUAUGUUCAAUGCUAUUCAGAGAGCUCGAUUGUGAGUGACUCGCUGUGAGAGGCAGAGAGGGAUAUCAUGGCCGCGCAGGUCGCCAGCGUUGCCACUCUCAACACUAGCCCGCCAUCCGAACUUAAAAAGCCGGAUCGGGACCCACUGGAGGAGUCGGUACCGGGAGAGAAACAACAUGAAAAUAAGGAACCUGGAUCUGACAACGGAUCUCCGGGCCAGAAGGAUCUGCAGGACGGGGCCGAUGCUGGAAAUGUAGGUGGAGGAGGGGAGCCUGACAUGAAGAACGGGAACUCGUCCAGGGUGAAUAAUAAUAACAACCAAAAUGAUACGGCGGGACCGGAGGGGAAUAACCACCCCGGGAUGGGCCAUCACCACCAGGGCUCAUUCCCUCCACCUCCAUACGGGUACAACCAGCACUACAGCCGGGGCCCUUUUCAUCAACAUGGCGGACAACAAAGCCCUGGCAUGGCAGCUGCAGCGGGGCCGGCAGUGCAGUCAGGCAACAUGAUGGACCCAUACCCGCCCAACUCACACGAGCACGGCUUCCCCAACCAUUUUAACAACUACAGCCCCUUCCCGAACCGGACUUCUUAUCAGGGCCAAGGAUACGCCAUGAAUUCCCCGCGUAAUAACCAGCCCCCGGCGGCUGGGGGGCAGCCAGUCAAGCAACAGCCAGCAGGCGGAACUACAGCUAUGGCUGCCUCGUACAAUAACCAGAGGUAUAACAUGGGAAACACACAGCCCACGUCUACCCCGACAUUAAAUCAGCUCCUAACGUCUCCCAGCUCUACGAGGACCUACCAGAAUUACCCACAAGGGGACUAUAGUAACCAGGAAGGGGCUAGCAAGGGAGCAGCAGAUAUGGCCAGCAGUCAGUAUGGUGGGGGUCAUCCGGGUUGGCAACAAAGGAGCCACCAGCCGCCUCCUAUGAGCCCAGGGAACACAGGACAACCUCUGAACAGAAACCAGCCCCCCAGCCCUAUGGACCAUGUAGGGAAGAUGCGGGGCCAGGGGUAUGGUGGAGCCAACCCCUACUCCCAGCAGCAAGGCCAGGGACAGGGCGCUCCUCCUCCAGGGGCCCAGCAGGGUGCCUCCUACCCAGGCCAGGGCUAUGGACCCCCGGGGCCUCAAAGGUAUCCUAUGGGCAUGCAGGGGCGCACCCCCACCGGCAUGGCUGGCAUGCAGUACGGACAACAGAUGGCCGGCUUUGGGCAGCAGGGUCCAGGGGGCUACGGUCAGCAGAGCCAGGGCUACUACAGCCAGCACGGCCCCCCACCACACGCUGGCCAGCAGCAGGCCCCAUAUCCCCAGCAGCCCCAGACUACCCCUGGAACCCAGGCCCCCUACCCCCAGCAGGCCCACCCCUCCCAGGGCCAAGGGCCUCCGCAAGGGGGUCCAUCCCAGGCCCAGCCACCCUACAACCAGGGACCACCCCAGCCCCAGCAGCAGCCGGGGCCCCAGCCGGGGCCCCAGCAGGGCCAGCCCGGGCCCCAGGGUCAGGGCCCCCAGCCCAGCUACCCUCAGCAGCAAGGACCCCCAGGCCCAGUGCAGGGGCAGCAGCCUUCACAGCAGCAACCCCCCUCGCAGCAGCAAGGACCCCCGCAGCAGCAAGGACCCCCACAGCAGCAACAAGAUAGGGCGGCCCCUCCACAGGCCCAGCCACCCCCAGGCCAUCAACAACCCCCAGUCCACCAGCCACCCGCCAGCCACCAAUCCUCCCCGAGCCACCACCCAUCUCCAGGCCACGGUGGACCCCCACAGCAGCAGGGUCAGUCUCAGCAGGGCCAGCCCUCACCCUACUCCCAGACCCCACCCCUGCAGCAGUCGCCCUUCCAGCGGUUUCCACCUCCGCCACAGGAGCUCUCCCAGGACUCGUUCAGCUCCCAGUCCAGCGCUCCCCCCUCCAACCAGCCUAUGACUUCCAGCAAGAGUGGCGCAGAGGACAGCAUGCAGGGACGGCCUUCUAGUUUACCAGACCUCUCUGGUUCCAUAGAUGACCUGCCGACGGGUACGGAGGGGGCUCUGAGUCCGGGGGUCAGCACGUCGGGGGUGUCCAGUAGCCAGGGGGAACAGAGUAAUCCCGCCCAGUCACCCUUCUCCCCUCACACUUCGCCCCACUUGCCUGGCAUCCGCGGGCCGUCCCCCUCCCCCGUGGGCUCCCCUGCCAGCGUCACCCCCUCGCGCUCCGGGCCCCUCUCACCUGCUGCUGUGCCAGGUAACCAGAUGCCUCCCCGGCCGCCCAGCGUCCAUUCAGACGGCAUUCUCCACACAUCCAUGGGCCAGUCAGCCAUGGGCCAGGACAGGGUGUACAUGCGUAACCCCCAGAUGCCUCCCUACGGGUCGCCGCAGCAACCUGGCUCCGCCUUAUCCCCUCGCCAGUCAUCGGGAGGCCAGAUGCAUCCUGGGAUGGGGCCCUACCCUCAGAACAACUCCAUGGGGAACUACGGCCCUCAGGGUGGACAGUACGGACCACAAGGUUACCCCAGACAGCCUGGCUACAGUGGCAUGCCCAACGCCAACUACCCUGGUGGUCCGGGGGGCAUAAACCCUAUGCCAGGCCAGGCUGGUGGGGCGCCGUAUGCAGGCAUGCCCCCUGGCAGGAUGGGUCCGGGUCAGAUGGGUGCCCGCCCCUACGGCCCCGGGAUGGGCCCCAACAUGGGCCCCGGCAUGCCUCCACAGGUGACCUCUGGGAUGUGCCCCCCUCCAGGCAUGAACAGGAAGGGCCCCGGUGGCCCUCCGGAUGCAGCCUCUGCCAUGCACCACGGAGCCAACUCUAUACACAACAGGCCUCCAGGUUACCCCCCCAAUAUGCCCCAUGGAGCAGGGUCUCCGUAUGGCCCUGGGCCAGGGGCCAUCAACAGCAUGCAAGGUAUGAUGAACCAGGGAGGACCCUACGGAGGAGGGCCAAUGGGAGGAAACAUGGCCAACAACACACCUGGCAUGGCUCCUAGCCCUGAGUUUGGCAUCGAUGUCAAACUGAACCCAGCCCAGAAGAUGAACAACAAGGUGGACGGCACGCCCAAACCUGAAACCAAGAAGGUAAAGAAGAAGUCCAACUCUUCCACCACGACCAAUGAGAAGAUAACCCGUCUGUAUGAGCUGGGUCCGGAGCUGGAGAGGAGGACGUGGGUAGACCGGUACCUGGCGUUCGCUGAGGAGAAGGCCAUGGGCAUGACCAACCUUCCCGCCGUGGGACGCAAACCUCUGGACCUCUUCAGACUUUACGUCUCGGUCAAAGAGAUCGGAGGCCUCACACAGGUGAACAAGAAUAAGAAGUGGAGGGAGCUGUCCACCAACCUGAACGUGGGCACGUCCAGCAGCGCCGCCAGCUCUCUGAAGAAGCAGUACAUCCAGUGUCUGUACGCCUUCGAGUGCAAGAUCGAACGUGGCGAGGACCCGCCCCCAGAUCUCUUCACUGACGCCAAAAAGACCACCCAGCCCAAGAUUCAGCCCCCCAGCCCAGCUGGGUCUGGAUCUCUGCAGGGCCCCCAGACCCCCCAGUCCACCAGCAGUUCCAUGGCGGAGGGGGGAGACCAGAAGCCCCCUACCCCAGCCUCCACCCCUCACAGCCAGAUGCCCCCCAUGCCCGUCAGGCUGCAGGACCCGUUUGCAGACGGGGUUGACCCGGCAUUUGCCAGACGGAACUCUAUGACCCCCAACAGCUACCAGCCUGGGAUGGGCGGUCCGGAGAUGAUGGGCAACAUGGGGCCCUACGAAUCCAACAAGGACCCCUUUGGUGGCAUGAGGAAAGCUGGAGAGCAAUUCAUGACUCCAGGGCCGGGCCCUAACAGUGGUAUGGAGGGGCAGUUCAACAGAGGCCCCCCAGGGCCCAUGGGCCCCAACAUGCAGAUGGGUCCGAGACAACAGUACCCCUACGGACCUGGAUAUGACAGGAGACAGGAGCCAGGGAUGGGUCCUGACGGCAGUAUGGGUCCUGGGGCCCCCCAGCCCAACCUGAUGCCUUCAGGGGCCGACUCGGGGAUGUACUCCCCUAGCCGACCCCCACCGCAGCAACGGCAUGAUUCCUAUGGUAAUCAGUAUCCUGGUCAAGGAGCGCCACCUGGUGGCCCCUACCCCAAUCAGCAGCCAGGAAUGUUUCCACAGCAACAACCCAACUACAAGCGUCCUCCAGUGGACGGGGGCUACGGUCCCCCAGCGAAGCGUCAUGAGGGGGAUGGGAUGUACAAUGUCCCCUUCAGCGGUCAGCAGCAGCCAGGGCCCCAGCCCUCCGGGGGCCCCCAGGGCCAACAAGACAUGUACAAUCAGUACAACGCAGGCUACCCCGGCUCUGACCGCCGACCACCUGGCCCCCAGGGCCAGUUCCCUUUCCCCUUCGGCCGAGACCGGGCACCCUCCAGCGGGGGCCCCAACUCCCAGUCCCCCAUGCCUCCCCAGAUGAUGGGCAGCCCUAUGCAGGCAGCCCCUGACGGCCCCCAGGGCCCCAUGUGGCAGGGACGCAAUGAGAUGGGUUACCCCAACUACCCCAACCGCCAGGGGCCUCCAGGACCUGGCCAGGGCCCCCCCCAGGGCUACCACGGCAUGAACCGCUCUGAGGAGAUGAUGCCAGGGGCUGACCAGCGGAUGAACCAUGAGGGCCAGUGGCCUGGACACCCCAGCCAGAGACAGUCCCCCUACGGGCCGGGGGGCUCGGGUCCCCCCAUGUCCAGACCCCUGCAGUCCAGCUAUCAGAGCUCCCAGAACCAUAUUUCCCAGGUGUCCAGCCCUGCCCCCAUGCCCCGCCCCAUGGAAAGCCGGACGUCCCCCUCCAAGUCUCCAUACAUGCACUCAGGCAUCAAGAUGCAGAAGGCGGGGCCCCCCGUGCCCGCGUCCCACAUAGGCCAGGCCCCUGUGCAGCCCCCCCUCAUCAGGCGGGACAUAGCCUUCCCCCCAGGGUCGGUGGAGGCCUCCCAACCCAUCCUCAAACCCCGAGGACGACUCACCAUGAAAGACAUCGGCACCCCAGAGGCCUGGAGAGUGAUGAUGUCACUGAAGUCAGGCUUACUAGCAGAGAGCACGUGGGCCUUGGACACCAUUAAUAUUCUACUCUACGAUGACAACAGCAUUUCUACUUUCAACCUCUGCCAGCUGCCUGGGUUCCUGGAGCUGGUAGUGGAGUAUUUCAGACGCUGCCUCAUCCAGAUCUUCGGCAUCCUGAAGGAGUAUGAGGUGGGAGACCCUGGCCAGCGGACGCUCAUCGACCCGCAUGCUGCCGACGAAGACUGGUCUGAUGAAGAGCUGCCCGAGCAGGAGGACAUGGAGGAGGACGAGGAAGAAGAAGAGGAGGACGAGAGGAAAAGCAACGCAGACACCACCACCUCGUCGCAGCAGGUCCAGGUGAAAAAGGAGGAGGAAGACGAGAAAUCCACGACUGAGAAGUCGACAGCAGAGGAGGAGAAGGAGAGGGAAGGAGGAGAGACUUCUUCCACCUCCUCGGCCCCCCAGAACCUCAGCCUCCUACAAGAGAAACCCAAACAGGCCAGUAAGUUCGACAAGCUGCCCAUCAAGAUGGUGCGUAAGAAAGAUCCCUUCCCUGGGGGCCGUUCCAGUAAGCUAGGCCGGCGGCAGAGCUUUGACAGCGGACUAAUCCACUGGAGCAUCGGCGGGGGGGACACCACGGAACACAUCCAGACUCACUUCGAGAGCCGGUUCGACCUCCUCAAGCAGCGGAAACGGGUGCUGCCAUCAGCCACCGAGAGUAGAAAGAAGGUCGCCGUGCCGGCGACGGUGUCGGAGGACCCAGAGAACACUACUAAGCCUGGCAAGGAGGAGCAGACCACCAAGACCUCCACCCCAACCACGCCCGCCCCGGUCACUGCCACCAUCGACGACGUCCUGUCGGCCCGGCCGGGCUCGGUGACGGAGGAGGCGGUGCGAGGAGCAGCCGAGGAGCAGAAGGAGAAUGGGGGGAAGUUCCUGUUCUCCAUCCGCCAGGCGCAGCAGAGCCGCCGCAACCUCACCAUCCUGGAGGACGAGCCUCACAGCAAGGACGAGACCCCACUGAGCACGCUGUCGGACUGGCAGGACACCCUGGCCCGCCGCUGUGUCUGCGUCUCCAACAUCGUCCGCUCGCUGUCCUUCAUCCCCGGCAACGACCUGGAGAUGUCCAAACACCCGGGGCUGCUGCUGCUGCUGGGCCGUCUGGUCCUGCUCCACCACCGUCACCCAGAGAGGAAACAGGCCCCCGUCACCUACGAGAAGGAGGAGGAGGAGGAUGAGAGGGUGAGCUGUGAGAGGGACGAGUGGUGGUGGGACUGUCUGGAGGUCCUCAGGGAGAACUGCCUGGUCACUCUGGCUAACAUCUCCGGCCAGUUGGACUUGUCCAUCUACCCAGAGAGCAUCUGUCUGCCCCUGCUGGACGGCCUGCUUCAUUGGGCUGUUUGUCCUUCGGCCGAGGCCCUGGACCCUUUCCCCAUGCUGGGGCCCCAUGGGGCCCUAUCCCCCCAGAGACUGGUACUGGAGACCCUCAGCAAACUGAGCAUCCAGGACAACAACGUGGACCUUAUCCUGGCCACGCCGCCGUUCAGCCGGCUGGAGAAGCUGUACGGGACGCUGGUGCGUCUGGUCGGGGAGAGGAAGGUGGCUGUCUGCAGGGAGAUGUCUGUGGUCUUACUAGCCAACCUGGCCCAGGGAGACAGCAUGGCGGCCAGGGCCAUCGCCGUGCAGAAGGCCAGCGUAGGUAACCUCCUGGGCUUCCUGGAGGACAGUCUAGCAGCCACACAGUACCAGCAGAGCCAGAGUUCCAUGAUGCACCUACAGGGGGCGCACUUUGAGCCCACUAGCGUGGACAUGAUGCGGCGAGCGGCCCGCGCCCUGCACGCCAUGGCUAAGGUGGAGGAGAACCACUCAGAGUUCACCCUGUACGAGUCCCGCCUACUGGACAUCUCUGUCUCACCACUCAUGAACUCUCUGGUGUCCCAUGUGAUCUGUGACGUACUCUUUCUGAUUGGCCAGUCAUGACAGCCGUGGGGGCUUCAGCUUCGCUUUCUGUUCCCCCGCCCCGUUCUCCCCCCCCUUUUCUUUUUGUGUGUGUCUGUUGAGUGUGAGUGGAAGAGAGAACUAAAAGCAAAACUGACUGUCCUUUUUUUAAUUUAUGCAAAAUCACCUCGGAUUCCACUGUCUACCCUUUCUACCCCCUGGUUCUCACUAAAGGACGGAUUUACUGAAGUAGCGGUGGAGUUAAACAUUCUGGAAUACAGAAACUGACGUGAUAAGACCGAUCAGAUGGGACCCUGGGAUGGAUGGAGAGUCGGGAAGAAGGGAGGGAGGGAGCUGCCCUGCGGCAAACAACUUUUUUAAUGAAAAUAUAAAAGAAAACAUAACUGUAACCAAAAUUGCUGUCACGUUUCCAGUGAGUUUGGGGUGUAUACCCACGUUCUCCUCCCAUGGGUUUGGCAGGGGGGGUGAGCAAGGCGGGCAUGGACGGGGAAACACUGUUUUUAGUUCAUGUAUGGUGAAACAGACUCCUGGACUGGUUUGGUAUACUGCUGUAACUUGGAUGCUAUAUACUCAGCCCUACACGACCCAGGUUACCAGCUGUGAACAGACAGACAGACACGUCUUCAAUGGGGAGGCCUGUGCAGUAGAUUGUAGGAUUUUCUUCUUCUGUACUGUACACCUUAAAAACAACUGUAAACAUACUGUAAUAAUACUGUUUCACACUGAGAUACGCUGGCUUGGCAGAAAACUGUAGUUUUUCAAAAUGAUUUUAGUUAAACUGAGAGAGAUGACAAAAGGCUUUCCCCCCAAAGUAUCGUGAACCUUACAACACCCCGACCUCUUCUCUGUCCCUCGAUUGUAUGACUUGACCCUUAUAAAAGAAGUCACCUCUUGGGACUGCUCCUCUGCUCUAGAGGCAGUCCCGACUGCAGUGUGUAUAUGAUGUACAUUACACCUCUCCCUUUCUCUCUAACCCUUCUGUUGCGCUUCACCAUUUUUAAUCUUCGAUGAAUUCAAGGUUACACUCAAGUGAGAUUUCGCCAUGGGAUUACCUAACCUUUUGACAUCUCACCCCCGACCCACCCGCCUGUCUCUCGCUACAGGGACUCCCUCGCAAUGCCCCCCGACCCCCCCACACACACACACACCCCUGCGACACACACAGAUCAAGUUUAAAUUUGUCUCCAGUACCCCUGAGUCUAACUUGACUGAAACCAUGUCUGCUACGGUUCCAUUUCAUCUACAUAAACAACAAAGCAAGACCCCUGAUGAAGAAAUAAACCGUUUCAAUUUUGUUUUUCCAGUGAUAUGGAUUCUGCAUAUUUGUAUUUCAGACGAUGUAGCUAAAGACUUGAUGUAAAUUCAAUUUUUUUUCCUUUUUUUGGCUUAAUGAAUAUAAUUUCUUCAGUAUGAAAUCUUUAUACUAUAUGUUCCAUGUGUUAAGAAUAAAUGUACAUUAAAUCUU